UUGUUGGAAUUGUUCGUAAAACAUGAGAGUAUUUCAUGUAGUUCCUACAUAAUUUAUCAUCGAAAACAUUAUUGAUGAAUAAUUUAGGUUUGCUGUAAUACUCGUAUUGUCCCUGUACAUCCUUUAUUCUUCCUUCUAAGUUUGUUAUUGACAAAGUUCUGACUAAAUGAGUUCAAUCAAUUAGUUUAUGAAAAUUUUCCAUCCUCAAAAGCAAGGCCCCGAAAUUAACCAGCCGAGGAACUUCACCGUGUUAUGACAUCAGCGUUGAAUUAAUAGCUAAUGCCACAUCUAAGUGGUACGGGUGGCGAUAUUGCCUUGUUUCCCAACUGACCGCAAAUGAAAUGACUUGGGAAAGUUUGCAAUUGUUUACGUCUUAACCGUGCAGGUGAAUGAUGUGCUAAAGUUAAGCCACAAGACAAGAUGGAGUACAAGCUCCGACAUCAUCGAAGCUAUCUUUUAAUGGCGAUUAUCUUUAUUUCCUUUGGAUCGGCCUUAACUCGAGGCACAAGGCGAAAGUCUAUUGCUAAGGUUAUGGACUUCAAGGCUAAGCAGUUUUCCUAUUUGAACAUCACAGUAAUCACGUCCGUGUUUGUCCCUGAUGGCAUCGACUGUGGGUUGGCUUGUUUAACAUCGACUUCAUGUUUUUCUUAUAACCUGGCUGCAUUUCCUGAUGUUAAUGGGAAACUGCUAUGUGAACUGCUUCCAUCUGACAAGUAUAACAACACGGAUAAAUUCAUUGCAAGCCCGAUUUUUCACCACUUCAGCAUUUGGAGUCCUUGCUUCCGCAAUCCUUGUAAAAACAAUGCUACGUGUGUGGCCAAUUACGUAAAUGAUGAUUACCAGUGCGCAUGCUCACCAGGUUAUAUGGGAGAACACUGCGAAGGUUUUGGAAAGAACUGCAAGGGAAUCAAAAGACAAGAUGAAUCUGCGGUAGAUGGUAUGUAUCUGCUAGACCCGGAUGGAGGAAGCCAUUCCAAUGCAUUCCAAGCCUACUGUGACAUGACGUCCUACGAUGGAGGAUGGACCAUGUGUUACACUACCGAUGAAUACGUCAAACUUAAGACUCAAGUCAUCUACAACACGCAGUUUCCUUAUGGAAGUGACGGUUAUAGGACAGACUGUAAUAACAUCCCCUUCACGGAAGUACUAUUCGUUGAUCAUCAAACUGGUAACAAAGCGUACUUCAAACGACAAACCAAACAACCAAUAAUGGCGGCCAAUAUCUUCGGGAAUGCUGCUGCGACGGGCCUCUGGGACGGAGUGGGCACGAACACAAAUUUUAACUACCAGCUGCUGGUCUGUGAUCAUUCGUUCUACAGCGGCUUUUUCGUUUCUGGUCUCACAGGAAAUUGUUACAAGCAGUGCUACUCUUGGUGUGGAGAUACCUCCUCGCCUUACUUCCGCACUGCGUCUACAAGUUCGUCCUACAAUGGAGUGGCCUUUAACACAAAUGGUCAUACCCCUAAUCGAGUGAGCAACAGACUCAUUAGUGUCGGUUUGCGCUGAAUGAAGGUCUGACCUUGACACACCCUUUUGGAAGUUUUAAUUUCUCAGAAAGUAAAACGGUGAAAGCCAAGGGACUGGUCAUUUAUUUAUCACUUGGGGAGAA